AAUUUCAAAAUUAGGAAACAGGAAACGAAAAAAAUGGCGGGACCAGACCCCUCUCCUUCUCCAAAGAUCCUUCUAUCAAAGUCCGGACUCGUCACCUCAAAACUCAGCUAUGGCGGUUCCGGCGAAGAAGAUUCCACUCCCCACCGUCCACAUCUUCCUUCCGUCGCAUCCCUCAACCUUCUCUCCGAUUCUUGGAAUUUCCAUUUCGAUCGCUUUCUCCCCUUUUUGACUGAGAAUACGGAUUUCACGGUGAUUGGAGUGAUUGGGAGACCUGGUGUUGGCAAGUCUACGAUUAUGAAUGAACUUUAUGGUUUUGAUUCAACUUCUCAUGGGAUGCUACCACCUUUUGCCAUACAAUCUGAAGAGAAUAGAGCUAUGGCAAAGGAUUGUUCUAUUGGCAUUGAACCAAGGAUAUCUUCUGAACGUAUUAUUCUUCUUGAUACACAGCCUGUAUUCAGUGCUUCGGUUUUAGCUGAGACGAUAAAACCUGAUGGCUCUUCAACAAUUCCAGUGAUGAGGGGAGAAUCCUUGUCAGCUGAACUGGCUCAUGAGCUUAUGGAUAUUCAGGUUGACUUGCUGAAGCAUGACAUUUCAGACCCAUCCUUGCUGGCUUCAUCCCUUUCACAGAGCUCUAACUCCGGGAUUGAGAAAGAUAACAAAGUUCCUGAACGUGAAUACUUGGCUACUCCUGUUUUUAUACACACCAAGCUACAAGGUCGAGAGUUGAGUCCUAGAAUUGUUUGGCUGUUGAGCAAGGCACUCAUGCACGAUUUCAAAUCAUCAUCUUUUGUUAGAGAAAACACUGGAAACAAUCCUGAUGAGCAUUCAUCUUCUAAGUUUCACAAUACUGACAUGGAUUCUAACCCGCUAAAAUUGUUUGCUAUCCCAUUUAAGAAAAAAGAGGACAAUCCAAGAGUUCAACAUGAGAGUUACAUUUCUGCUCUAUGGAAAUUACGGGAUCAGAUUUUAAGCAUGAAGCCACCAUCUUUCAAGAGACCUGUGUCUGAGCGUGAAUGGCUAAAAAGUUCAGCCAAGAUAUGGGAACAGGUUAGAAACUCCUCAACGAUAUCAGAAUACGGCAGAGCACUUCAACAUUCUGGUAUUUAUAGGACAUAGAAAUUUAUUGAAGGUAGAACAAUCCACGACUGACUUGUUAUUUGAUUUCAAGAUCUAUCUCGUUGUAAAAUGAUCCUACUUGUGUAUGAAUCUCAACAUUUGCUGUGUUGAUUGUAAUACUUUUGAAUACAUUUCUACACAUACAAUUAAUGAAUUAGUCAAGUGCAAGACAAAAUUUGGCAACAUGCACAAGGGUAAAUUGUAUAGUAGAUUGAAAAUGCUACAGUAAAAACU